CUUGUCAUUGCUGAUUACGGAGGGAGUACUUGACUACCUCCCCAGUGUCCCCACGAUUAUCAGCAGCUCCCGCAAAUUUGCAGCCGCCGCCGCCGCCGCCGUUGCUGUUACCCUGCCGCCGCCGCCGCCGCCGCCUUGUUCGGAGAAAUGGGGAAAAAAGCCAUCCGAUACGCCGUGGUGGAUGCCUUCGCGGCUGAGCCGUUCAAGGGCAACCCCGCCGCAGUAUGCCUCCUCGAAGAGGAGGGCGCCUCCGCGGCCGUGGACGACCGGUGGAUGCAGUCCGUCGCCGCCGAGUUCAACCUCUCGGAGACCGCCUUCCUCGCCCGGGACUCCUCCGGGGGAGCCGGCGCAGCCCCGCGGUUCCACCUCCGAUGGUUCACUCCCGUCACCGAGGUUGACCUCUGCGGCCACGCGACGUUGGCCUCUGCGCACUUCCUCUUCACGACUGUUCUUCCGGAGCAUGGCAAGCUGGAGUUCAUGACCAGGUCCGGGAUCCUGACUGCCAAGAAAGUCCCCGCACCAGGGAGCACUGGCGUCCCUGGUGAGGAGCAGGGGAAGCUGUUUAUUGAGCUGGAUUUCCCCAUGAUUGGUUUUCUGGAAUGCAACGAAACGCCGUCGAUUCUGGAGACCCUAAACGGUGCACCCAUUGUCAGCGUUCACAAAUCGGCUACCGACGGCGACCUCAUUGUGGAACUUUCUUCAGGAAAAGAAGUUGUUAAUAUCCUUCCUAGCAUCGAUGAAAUUAAAAACUUGGCCUGCAGGGGUCUUAUUUUUACAGGACCGGCGCCGGCUGGAUCUGGUUAUGACUUCUUUACACGUUUCUUCUGCCCAAAAUUUGGGAUAGAUGAGGACCCUGUUACUGGCAGUACACAUUGUGUUUUGGCACCCUAUUGGGGUAGAAAGCUGGGGAAGCAAAAAAUGACGGCAUUUCAAGCAUCUCCAAGGGGUGGAACACUAUACCUGCAACUGGAUGACGCAAAUCAGAGAGUGCAGAUCCAGGGAGAAGCUCUUACUGUGAUGGAUGGAACGCUCCUAGCCUAGCCAGCAUGCCUUUAGCAAUUUGGCAUCCAUCUACUCGUAUAUGCCUUGAAGGACAACCAUUCAUCCAUCUACUCGUAUAUUCGUGGAGUUAUAAUAUGACUUUGGAUGGUGGUGAUUCUGUUUGUUGUUAUAUGCUUGUUGAACAGUUAACUGCUUAUGGGUACAAAAAAUAAAAAACAUCCUGAGCUCUUCUAGAGACCUGAACAAUGUCCGGCAAUUGCGGAUACCGAUGGGGGCUUGUCUGAGGGGAAGUGAUUUCAUUGUAUUUCCGUGCCACAAAUGCCAUGUAUUGGGCUUGACGAGAUGACAUCCAACUUGCCGAAGGCACUAUAUGGUGUUUGUUGCAUAAUGAGGAGUAUGGACUG